AUGCCAGAGCUGUCUUCUAAAGGUACUACGAUUUCCAAGAAAGGCUUUAAGAAAGCCGUAACAAAAACUCAGAAGAAGGAAGGGAAAAAGCGCAAGAGAUGCCGUAAAGAGAGUUACUCCAUAUACAUCUAUAAGGUGUUGAAGCAGGUCCAUCCAGAUACUGGGAUCUCCUCAAAGGCUAUGAGCAUCAUGAAUUCUUUUGUCACUGAUAUCUUCGAGCGCAUUGCCAGCGAAGCAUCUCGCUUGGCUCAUUACAACAAGCACUCGACUAUCACUUCUCGCGAGAUUCAGACCGCAGUACGUCUACUGCUGCCUGGAGAAUUGGCUAAGCACGCUGUGUCCGAGGGCACCAAGGCCGUUACUAAGUACACCAGCUCCAAAUAA